AUGGAGACAAAUCAGAAUGCAAAUGUUGAUGAAGAUGUCGAUUCAACUGCUAAUAACGCACCAGCUGAAUCAAGUUCUUUUAGCAUCUCAAACACUAAUUUAUAUACAAGUAGAACAGAAGAACUUUACGAUGAUGAUUCGUGUACACCAAUAGUAGAUGACUAUUUGAAACCAGUCAAGGGUACUAUAUUUAAGACUAUAGAAGAAGCUAUACAAAUGUACGAAAAGUAUGCAUAUGAAGCUGGAUUUGAUACCAAACUAUCAACCCAAAGAAGGUUAAAAAGUGGUAAGGUUAAAACCAAGUACAUUUGGUGUAGUAAAUCUGGAAAGAGUCAAGAUGUUAGUAUGGAUACAUUAAAUUCAGAAGAAAGAGAACGUAGAUCAUCAACAAUGGUUACAGGUUGCAAAGCUCAUGUUUUUUUCAAGAUUGUCGAACACAACGGAAAAUAUGCGUUAAUAGAAUUUGUAGAGAAACACAAUCACAAGAUGAAUGCAGGAGAAUAUAGAUACCUUUCAAAAAAACAUAGAAAACUGGGCAUAUCCGAAAUAAAUUUUAUUCAGAAGGUUUCAACUUCCGACAUAGGACCAACUAGAGCUCAUCACAUCUAUAGUAACCUCGUAGGAUCUCAGAAAAACACACAUGGGACAGUUGUCAAUUUUAAGAACCAUAAAAUGACAAUAACCUGUUUAAUUGGUUCAGAUGACUCUCAAAUGCUAAUAAAUAAGAUGAAUAACCGAAAGGAUUGUGUUCCGGGUUUUUUUUUUAAAUAUAAGGUGAACAACAAUGAGCUUGCUGGAUUAUUUUGGGCUGAUGAGAUUGCGAGACAGAAUUACAUAGAAUUUGGAGAUAUCAUCUCAUUCGAUGCCACAUACAGAACAAACAGGUACAAUAUGAUAUUCGUACCUUUUACAGCCAUAGACAACCACAAGAAGAAAGUUUCUAUUGGAGCACGAAUGAUAAUCAACGAAACAGCGGAAUCUUACGAAUGGUUACUGAGGGCAUUCUUAGGUGCAUUUGUUGAACAACCUAGGAUGGUUGUGACUGACCAAGAUGUAUCAAUGAAGAAGGCAGUUGCAACAGUUUUCUCAGAUUCACGACAUAGACUAUGCUUCCAAGUUGUACACACGGACAAUAUUUCUGUUGGUUCGAGAAGAGAUAAACAGUGUCUUUAUAAUUGUUCUCAGAUAAGUGUUUCUAAUGAAGGAAGUAAUGAAGUAAUUAUUAUUAAAGAGAACAGAGAGAUCAACAAGAAACCAGAGAAAAAACCUCCAAGAAAUAAGAAAAGAAAAGAAUAUGAGGAUGAAGAUGAAGAUAUUGUUGAAGAUAUAGUAACUGUGCACGAAGAAGACCCCGAAGAUGGAAUUGAGGAAUCAACAAAAAAUGCAAAACGACAUACUGCUUGCACAUCUUGA